UCCAAAACAAAAAAAAACCCGGUUGCCUGAGGGGCAAAUGUCAAUUUGCGGCGCAUAAAUACAUUAAUUUAAAGCUUCCCGCACAAGGCUCAUCCAAAUUUUCACACAUAGGCACCAGUUGUCGCAACAGGAAAAAAGGAUUCAGCACACAAUGUUCGCCGGAGCAUAUGCACCCAACGCCGGAAGCGUUCAGCAGCACACUGGCGGCGGUUACUAUGGCAAUGGUGCCGCAGCAGGCGCUGGCGGUAGCGGCAACGGGGCUCCACGCCACGAGCGUCAGUACUAUCCGCGCGGCAACUUCGCCGGCGCCGCCGGUGGAGCUGGCAUCAAUGGAGCAGCCACUGCGGCUGGAAGCAUGCACUUUGGUCAGCCCUAUGGCGUGAUGACCUAUGGCAUCCAGAAUGGUCUGGGAAUGGGCGCCGCCGGUUCUGGUGGCGGCAAUCCGUAUCGCCAGCAAAACGGCGUUGCCUUCGCCGGUAAUGGACUUGGAGGAGGCGCCGGUGGCGGAGCCGGAUCCGGAUCUGGCGGCUAUGGAGGACAGCGUGGCAAAAAUCCAAACUACACACAGCGCUAUCAGAAGCCGCACAACGGCGCCGGAGGUGCCGGUGGCUACCAAAGUAAUAACUACAAUGCAGCCGCCUUAGGCAUGCUUUCCAAAGAGGAGCGCGCCGAGAUCCAACGCGAAAAGGCCAAAAAUCCCGGCCGUAAUUUAGUGAAACCCAAGUGGGAGAACCUCGAGCCCUUCCUCAAGGAUUUCUACAACAUUCAUCCGAAUACACUGGCCAAAUCAGAGCAGCAGGUGGCCGACAUACGGCGCGAACUGGAAAUCACCGUGUCCGGCAAUGAACUACCACACCCUGUGGUCAGUUUCGAGGAGAGCUCGCUUCCCGCUCACGUCAUUGAAGAGAUGAAGCGCCAGGGAUUCACCAAGCCCACUGCUAUCCAAUCGCAGGGUUGGCCCAUUGCCUUAAGUGGCCGCGAUUUGGUGGGCAUUGCCCAGACCGGUUCCGGCAAGACGCUGGCAUACAUGCUGCCUGCCAUCGUGCACAUUGGCAAUCAGCCGCCCAUAAUUCGCGGUGAAGGGCCCAUUGCUCUGGUGCUGGCCCCCACCCGGGAGCUGGCUCAGCAGAUCCAAUCAGUCGUGCGGGACUAUGGACAUCUGUGCAAGCCCGAGAUUCGUCACACUUGCAUCUUUGGCGGCUCAUCGAAGGUGCCGCAGGCACGCGAUCUUGACCGGGGCGUCGAGGUGAUCAUCGCGACACCAGGACGUCUGAUUGAUUUCCUUGAGAAUCGCAACACGAACUUGCAAAGAUGCACUUAUCUGGUGCUGGACGAAGCCGACCGCAUGCUGGACAUGGGUUUCGAGCCGCAGAUCCGUAAGAUCAUUGAACAGAUUCGUCCCGACCGUCAGGUCGUCAUGUGGUCCGCAACCUGGCCAAAGGAGGUGCAGGCCCUAGCCGGAGACUUUUUAAACGAUUAUAUCCAAAUCAACAUUGGUUCGAUGAACCUAUCGGCUAACCAUAACAUUCGCCAAAUUGUCGAGAUCUGUACAGAGAUAGAGAAGCCGCAGCGCUUAGUGUGCUUGCUCAAUGAGAUUUCUCCCAUCAAGAAUUCGGGAAGCAAUGGGAACAAAAUUAUUGUCUUUGUGGAGACCAAGAUCAAGGUGGAGGACAUCUUGCAGAUCAUCCGUGCCGAGGGCUACAACGCCACCUCAAUUCACGGCGACAAGACACAGAAUGAGCGUGAUUCAGUGCUAAAGGAUUUCCGCAACGGCAAGUCCAACAUUCUGAUUGCCACCGAUGUGGCUUCGCGCGGCCUCGAUGUCGAGGAUCUGCAGUACGUAAUUAACUAUGAUUACCCGAACUCCUCGGAGAAUUACGUGCACCGCAUCGGGCGCACUGGUCGCUGCCAACAGCUGGGAACUGCCUACACCUUUUUCACGCCUGACAAUGCAAAGCAGGCCCGUGAACUGAUCUCUGUGCUGGAGGAGGCUGGCCAGACUCCGUCGCAAGCUCUAUUGGAUCUUGCUCGUUCGAUGCCCAGCUCGGGCGGCUAUCGCGGCAACAAGCGCUGGAACAACAACAGUGGCGGGGAUCGCAACACUGGCGGUCACAACGGCAUCUAUCAGCAGCGCAACAACAAUCCGCUGAAUUACCAGGCCGGUAACAACUAUAACAACAAUCGCAGCGGCGCCCCAACUGGCGGUAGCUACCAGCAGUAUGCCGCUGGCGGCAAUACCUAUCUGCAGAAUGGUGCUGGUGGCGGUGUUAAUUGGAACCGCAUGAACCAGAUGGGACAGGAUGGAGGAGCCGGACAGCAGCAGCGAAACGGCAGCACCUAUCGCCCGAGGGCUCCGUUCAACAAUGGCGGUCCACGCGCCAUUAUGGGCCAUCAGGGUGGCGGCGUCGGAGCUGGUGGUGUGGGCGGCGCAGCCGGUGGCCCACAGCAGCUCAUGGCACCACAGCAGGGCGGACAAUAUAUGCCACAGCCAUACCGUGGACGUGGCCAGUUUGUGCCGCAGGGAGCCGGUGCCGGUGGCAUGCCGCCACGAUUCCAGCAGUAUCCCAAGCGGGAGUACCAGCAGCAAGGAGUGACCCACUACGGUCAGCAGGCUUUGCAGCAUCAGCAGCAACAACAACAGCAGGCUGGCCAACAGACAAAGCCGCCCAAGGACGAUGGCAACAAGUAUGCUCCGUCGGCUACGGUGACCAGCUCGCUGGUCCAAUACACGCCAGCCAAUUCGCCAACGAUUGCGGCUGUAGCUGCUGCCGCUGCAGCAGCCGCCGGACGAGCUGCAGCUGCAGCUGUGGCUCCGGCUCCCGGUGCCGCCUACAUGUACGAUGCGGCCGGUGUUCUCACCACCGCCGCUGCGCCGGGCACCAAUCCAUAUGCCAACCAGUUCAGCAUGCCGGCAACCUACUACGCCCAACAUCACCAGUUCACCCAAGCCGUGGCAGGACCCGGACCAGCACCCGGCCAGGCCAUCGAGUAGACGGGACACCAAUAAGCUAACGCGCUCAUGGGACGAAAUGGAAGUGGAUCGUGGAGAGCUACAACAACAAGAAGAAGAAGAAGAACAAGAGCAACAGCAGCAGCUUUAGGAACAUCAACCAAAUUGCAAGCAACAACAACUAUAACAACACCGACGACAUGGACAAAUUAAUCAACAGUUAACCACACACAUGAAAUCCAAAUGCAUAUGAUGAUAAAUGAACGAAUGGUUAUAAUUUUGCCAACAUAACAGAGCAUAAUAGCAGCUCUUUAACUUUUGACCAAAAUCGUUGCCUUUUUGUUUCUAUAUUUAUUCACACCUCACUACUAAUAUUAGUAGAACAUUUGUGUUCUCUUUCCGCUUAUUCGCAAUUUUUUGUUUGCGAUAUUGACACCCAACCUUUAAUUCGUUAAUGUUCUCUGGACAAACUGCCGCUAACCAUCAAUAACCAGGGCCAACGCAAGGAACAUCGCCCUCGAAACCCUUUCAUGUUUUCCAAACACAAGGUAAAACGAAUCAAAACUCAAGAGCAUCCGAAAAGGGAACGAUUAUUGUAGUUUUUAAGCCUUUUCACACACAAAUCACCCCGACAGUUGCAUGUUCUUCGAAUGUUUAAAAAGAAUUAGAUUAUUAUUUUAAUUCUUUUUCAUCAUUCAAAAUCAAGAGAUUGGAUCAGGACACAUGUUAUAUUUAUUCUUAGUAUACUCGGCGUAUUAUGGUCAUUUGGUAUAUGUUAUACUAAGAAAAAAAGGAUCCAAAGACAGGCACUGUUAAUUAAGUGAUUUUCGAAAAUUCAUGUGUAUCAAUUUUUACACAAAGCUAAGAACACAAGCACGCAACCAAAAAACACAAAAAUAUUGUAUUCGAAAAUUGUCAAUAACAAUGUAAGGGAUUGAAAGAAUAACCCUUUUCGCUAACUUGGUUGGUAUGAAAAGAACGGUUUGCUUAUAAUAACACAUAUUUAAAUACAUUUUUAAUUAUUUUAUAGACACACACAUAAAUAUAUAUAUAUUUAUAUAUAUAUAUUUUCCGAGAAAAAUUUGCAACAAAGGGAAAACGGAAAAAAUUCUACACAAAUUCCUUUUAAGAAAACGCAGCUAACGGUUGAGAUAUUUGUAUAAUGUACACACAUGUUUUGGCCAAAUCCAAAAUAGGAGAAAAGGGAAAUGGGCAGCGCUGCUUUGGUAGGAAGUAUGUUAAACUAAAACAAGUUACAAUCGAUAAUAAUAAAACGAUUAAAAAGCAAUGGGAGAACACGUACACAGCCACAUAGAACCCACACAAGCCCACGCAUACACACACACACCGACACUCAACACACACACAACGAACACCACAAUGACAAGCAAAUUUACAGUUAUCAUUUAAUUUCCCAUUUUGAUACAUAUAUGUGUGUAUUCUAUAUAUGCUAUAUAUAUAUUUACAUCUAUAUGUAGAUUCGAGCUUGAUUUUCAAUGGAGAUUAAAACAAAAACUCAUUUUGUUGAAGAUUUAUAGAAUUCGAUAAUAAUCCCCUAACACAAAAAUUCGCAUAAAUUAACGAGGUUUUUUCAAAAGUUCUAUGCAAAUACUUGAAAAAAAAUUCAAUUACAAUUUUCAAUUAUUCAAAGACCAAAGAACAGAAGCAGUUGAAAAUAAGAAGAAAGAAAGCGAAGAAAAAAGAAAAGACGCCACAUUCAUCCAUAAAAACAAGUAAAGCGAACACGAAACAAGAGGAAAAGAAGGAGGAACACAAGACAAGGUUAGAAGAUCGAAUAAUGCCAAGCAAUGCCACACGAAAAUAAUGAUAAUAAUAAUACAGCAAACAUAAUGCAUACUUCUGACUAUUCCAAAGGCUCUUAUUUCAUUUCCCCAUAUCUUGUUAAUUGAUUUGAAAAUCAUUUUGAUUUGCAUUAUUAAUUUCUCUCUCUCUUCCGAAUACUUUUGGCCAGAGUUCAGGACGAGUAAAUUAGUAGUAGUAACAUUAAUUGGCAGCUCCAGUCAUAUAGUUAGCAGUAAUAUAUCCAUACAUCGUCUGUUCAAGCAGUUGUCCAUGUUGUUGCAAGCAGUGCGUUAUCCUCGCCACGGGAAAGCAGUACAAAAAUCCGAAGAAUUUUGGGAAAACGUAACGGACACAAGGGAAUAUUCUACAGUGGAAUUGUGUGAGAACAAGAACACAAGGAAAAUAUAUGAAAAUCAUGUAGAUUAUAUUAGAAAUAUAUUUGUUAGCCGAUCGGGGGUGUGAAAGAAAUAUUUCUAUUAAUUUUUUUUUAUAAGUUCUCUACGUAUACGGUUUCUUUUUAGCAAAUAAAUAAAAAUCGGGGAAAACAAUAAGAAAAAUUUAUAUAUGUAGGGUAUAUCACACAAGGAUCUCUUUUAAAAGCAAACGAACGGAAGACUCGAAUUCUUCUAUAUAGACCUAUAUUUCAUAGAGAAGCGCGCUUUUAUUUCAUUUCAUAUUGGUAGAUUUCUCAUACAUUUUGAAAAUCAUUGGAGACGGGAUUCGAAAAGUACAACUAAAAAAUGUGUUUUUUUUUAUCUACUCAAGGGGUAUACGCAAAGUUACCAGUGAAUUAACGUAUUUAUUUUUAUAAUUGCAUACUUCGUAAUUAUGAUUUCGAUGCAACCGAAUUGUGAUGAUGUGAUAGACUUAUAUAAACAAACGAAAAUACAAAAAUACUAAUUAAUAACCAAUUUAAAUGAAGUAAUCGCAGUGCCCCCAAAAAGGCCAGGCCAAAAACACUGAAACUGAAGCAGAGGCAGCUGAAACUGAAGCUGAGUCUGAAUCGAAAUCAGUAUCUGAAUCAGAAGAGGAAUAUGAAUAUAUGUUAUGUAUUUGUAUUAUUGUCGUUGUCGUUGUCGCUCAUAGACAAUGUCUGAUGGCUAAAAUAUAAUGUAUUAUGGAUGACUUGAGGCAUACAUUCUUUUUUUGAAGAAAUAAAACUAUAGAACGCGAUAUUUGUAUUGUAUUUAUCUAUAAGUUGUUGUGUACACACUGCGAAAAACAAACAAACCAAACAACAAACUUAAAAAAAAAAAGCAAAAAACAACAUUGAAACACACAAAAUCAAAAGUAAACAAAAAAGAAAAAACGAGAAAAAAAGAGCAAAAGAAGUUGAAACUGAUAAAAUUUAAGAGUAACUGAAACCGAAAGCCCCCAAAAACUGAAGGGGAAAGCGGAAAAUUUGUUGUUCCCUUCGCACUUUUGAGGCAAGUCCUUCGUUUAAGUCCUUAUCAAUCGCUCUAUCUCAGUCUUCAUCCCCAUCUCUCUCAGACCCCCCGCCCCGCCCCCAUAUACGAUAUAUUUCUCGCUCGCAGUCUCUUCUUAAAACGAUAGAUUUAAAACGAUAGAAAUUCGCAUAUACAUAUAUUUUUGAAAGUAUAGAAUUGCAACUUUUGAAAAAAUGCAACCAAAAAUAAGACGAAAGACUAAAGCCAAAAACAAAAUGAAUUCAAUUGUUUGAAGCAAGAACAAGAGAAUAACGGAGAAAGUGAAACGAAGUGCCGUUAUUUCGAUAGUUUGUAUAGUUGUUUAAUACUUAUUUUCUGUUUCGUUUACUUAGAGAACUAAAAAUCGUUUACACACACAAAUACGCGUUUAUGAUGUAGUUUACGUUUUUGCGUUUGUUUUACUUUGUAAUUUGUUUUGUCUUAAGCUUUUUCAUUGGUUAACCAAAAUAUGUAUGUAUAUACAUGUAUCAAUGUCGAUAAAGUCGAUAAAGUGAAUGCAUUUACCGUUACAGUGCGAUGCGCACAAGUGCCAAAAAUGCAGCAAAAACACCCGCACACACCCACGCACUCGGACACACAAACAAACAAACAAACACACUCACACGACAAACAAUUAAACAAAGACACAUACAUAUGUACACGCCAACACCCACCCACACACACACAAGUUUCUUAUAGAUGAUACAAAAACAAGCGAACACAUUACAUGUACAUGUGUACAGUGGGCACAUCCUGUGCUGCCCACUGUGCACGCAAGACCUGCAAAACAAGCAUACUUUUAAGCGCCAAAGUUAGGAGCGGCUUUUGAGGGUUCUGAAAACAAAAUAUGGAAACCAUUAAACACCAGAAUUGUGGGGCAAAUAACAUUUAGCUGCUCCAUGUAAGCUAAAGUUGCCACCGGCAAACGGAACUAACUUUAAAAUAAUAAAAAUAAUGCAAGUUGAAACCAAAACCCAUUGUGAUAACAGCUGCGUAAACGAAACACGUUAGAACCUUACUUGUACGUAUUUCGAUUGGAAUUCGAUGAAACGGGGAUCCCCCACUAAGUCCUAAAUAAUAAAAAUUCAAUCAAAAGCAAGCAAGCCAACAAUUUAUCCAAACUAGUUUUUAAAUGAAUACAAAACUCAUCCAGCCGCAGAUACACACGUAUUUUUUACUGAUUUGAAAAGGAGGAGAACUUUUCUUGACUUUCAUUUGUUGUGUUGACCAAUGCUAAUAUUAGCGAAAAAUUGAGAAUAAAAAUACACAUACCAGGAAACACAAAUGCAAAUUCUUAGCCAUUUCGAAGGAGCGCGCAUUUAGAACAUUGCAUCGACUAAUAUUUACACUUGCAUAUAUUGAAAGCAACCCAUUUGAAUAAAUUCUAAAUAUUACUAUAGAUCACUAACACAAAGAAAAAGAAAAUGCAUACAAUGUUGAUUGAAAUCAAUAAAAACGAGAAGCCAAGCAAACGCGUUUGAAUCAAUGUUUGCAGCUUAAGCUAAGGUAGCACACACAAUAUUAUAUUAAUUAUAACGAAACGAUAUAGGUAUGCAGUAUAAUGCAUAUAUUUAUAAUGCACCGCCUCCCCUUUCUCCCCGCGCAAACACACAAGGAAAUUGCGGUGGAGAGGGGGCGAUAACUAAAUUGUAAUCGAUUUACCUAUCUUAUACUAGGCUAUACAAACCGAACCCAUUAAACAUAACCAAAACCCAAAAGGUUAAACACGAAAACGUAAGAAAAACGCAUAAAUAUGAAAAAUGUAACGGAAAUCUUUACAAGAAGCGAAAUAGGUGUCUUCUAUAUAAUAAAUAAACGCCAACAGAAAAUCA